AUGGUACAAGUCGUAAAAGUAUGGUGUGAGCACCACGAGCCCAAUACUAUCGGUAUCGGCGAAUCCCAACCACGCAUAUCAUGGACCACGGCCGGCGAAGAACGAGACUGGCAACAGACCAGCUACGAAAUCGAAGUCACACAUCUCGACGGCAGUUUGAUAGACAGCGUCAAAGUCGAUUCAUCAGAUUCACGACUUGUGCCGUGGCCAGGCAAAGCUUUGACUUCACGGGAGCAGGUCAAUCUGCGUGUGCGCGUGUCUGGUGUAGGUGCAGAUGCGGCUGGAGUAGUCAGCAGCAACAUCAGCGAGGCCUCUGCGCCCAUUCGGGUAGAAGCUGGUCUAUUGCAGCCGGAAGAUUGGAAAUGCAGCUUAAUCGAGCCGAAUGAAUCAACAGAGAUUCUGCCGGAGAAAAGACAUCGUCCCGUCACAUUUAGGCGACAUAUUCAAUGCCCAAUCGACGUUGCCAUUGCGCGCGCUAGACUCUACAUUACAGCUCACGGUAUCUACGAAGCUCGCAUCAACGACUCGCGAGUCGGUGACCAUAUUCUCGCACCAGGAUGGACGUCCUAUCAGUCACGCCUUACCUAUCAGACAUAUGACAUCACCCCGAAUUUGCUCAGUGGCCAAGACAACGAAAUACAGGUUGAUGUGGCGGAGGGUUGGUUUUGCGGCUCUCUAGCUUUUACGCGACGACAUAAUAUCUACGGCUCGCGGUUGGGGUUCAUAGCAAUGAUUGUUGUGGAGUUGGAGAAUAGAGAGACAAUUUGCAUUGGAAGUGACGAUGGAUGGCGCUGGGCCCAUGGACCGAUUGUUGAAGCUGGAUUGCUUGACGGUGAGACCUACGAUGCUCGCGAAAUGCUACAUUCAGAGACUGUUUGGAAGAAUGUGCAAACGAAUCAAGAAUUUUCCUCAUAUUCAAGACUUCUUACCGCUCCCGACGGUCCGCCAAUUCGAAAGACGCAAGAAUUCGAAGUAAGGGAGAUCAUUAAGUCGCCAUCCGGCAAGACGAUUCUAGAUUUCGGACAGAAUUUUGCGGGUUGGAUCAAAGUGAAACAAGUAGAUGGUGCUGCUGGAACGACAAUCAAGUUUCAAUUUGCCGAAGUGCUGGAAAAUGGCGAGAUUGGGACUCGCCCUUUGCGAUCGGCCAAGUGUCUUGAUACAUUGAUCCUAGACGGCAAUGGACCUAUCUACUGGGAGCCCAAGUUCACAUUUCACGGUUUCCGCUACGUGGAGGUCACCGGAUGGCCUGAAGAAUCGAAAACGCCCCUCACAUCUCAGAAUUUCGUCGGGGUAGUUGUCCACACAGACAUGCAAGUCACUGGCAAUUUCCGGUGCUCAAACCCACUAUUAAACCAAUUGCAUAGCAAUAUUGUAUGGAGUAUGCGAGGCAAUUUUGUCGGUAUACCGACCGACUGCCCACAACGCGAUGAACGUCUUGGAUGGACUGGCGACAUCAACGUCUUUGGGGAUACGGCUGCUUAUCUCUUUGACGUAAGCGGCAUGUUGACAUCGUGGUUGAAGGAUAUGGUAAUAGAGCAAAAGGAGGCUGGUGGCGUUGUACCUCUAGUUAUUCCGUACAUCCUAGGAGAUUUUGGCCCAGGAAAGUCUGCUGAGGCGGUAUGGGGAGAUGUAGCUGUGAUGUUGCCUUGGACAUUGUAUACGACUACCGGCGAUACGAGUAUGUUAGUGCGACAUUAUGAGAGCAUGAAGGAUUGGUUGAAUUCAAUCCCGCGCUCAGAGACUACGGGACUCUGGAAGCAAGAUGGUUUCAAAUUAGCUGACUGGCUAGACCCCAGUGCGCCCCCUGACGAUCCUGUCAAUGCAAUGACCGAUAUGUACAUGGUCUGCGAUUCAUUCCUGGUUCAUGUUACAGCGCUCAUGGUCAAAAUCGCAGCCACAUUAAACAAAUCGCAAGAGGAGCAAAAGUUCUACCAGGAUCAAUCCGCCAAUUUGCGACAAAUGUUUGCAGAUGAAUACAUCACACCCUCUGGACGUCUUGCAUGUGAUACACAAACAGCUUAUGCCCUUGCAAUCGAAUUUGACCUAUUCAACUCGCCGCAACAACAAUCCCAUGCCGCAGAACGUCUCUCAAUGCUAAUCCGCCAACGAAACAAAUUCAAGAUCGCCACUGGCUUUGCAGGAACACCCUAUUUGGGACACGCAUUAACAAAAGUCGGCAAAUCAAAUGUCUUUUAUCGUAUGCUUCUGCAUCGUGAAUGUCCUAGCUGGCUGUACCCAGUUACUAUGGGAGCAACAACUGUUUGGGAACGAUGGAACAGCAUGCUACCCGACGGUAGUAUCAAUCCCGGUGAUAUGACUAGUUUCAAUCACUAUGCUUUGGGGUCGGUUGCUAGCUGGAUGCAUCAGACUAUUUGUGGUCUGAAGCCGGUUGAUGCUGGUUGGAAGACCUUCAAGGUUGAGCCUGUCCCCGGGGGUAAUCUUCAGUGGGCCGAGGCUGAGUAUCAUAGCGUCUACGGGCGCUGUCGGGUCCGCUGGGAGAUUAAGAAUAACCCCGACAAGAAUCAACAGAUGCUUUGGUUGGAGGUAGUUGUGCCGUUGAACACAAAAUGUCACGUACAUCUUCCUGGCUCAAAGGACUCUAUCAUUGUCGGCUCGGGAAUAAGACAGUGGGAGGUUGACUAUCACCCUGAGGAAUGGCCCGUCAGAGCACUUUUGCCCCCAUUCAAGCCAGCAGAUGAUGAACUACCGGUAGACGAAGUUUUGCAACAUGGUUGGUAG